AUGGAGAAGAAGAAAGAGGUUGUCCCCAAUAAUGGAAAGGAAGCACCAUACCCAUUGGUGCCGUCUAAAAAAGACAAGGAGCGAUACUUUGCUUGCUUCCUUGACAUUUUCAAGAAAUUGGAAAUUACUAUUCCUUUCGGAGAAGCCUUACAACAGAUGCCACUCUACACUAAGUUUCUCAAUGAUUUGUUGAGCAAGAAGGGUAAAUAUAUACACAGUGAAAACAUUAUGGUGGAGGGCAAUUGUAGUGCAUUUAUUCAGAGGUUCCUCCCACCGAAAUGCAUAGAUCUAGGGAGUGUCACUAUCCCAUGCUCAAUAGGUGUUGUGUCGGUUGGAAAAACACUUAUUGAUUUAGGGGCUAUCAUCAAUCUGAUGCCCCUGUCUAUGUGUAGAAGGAUAGGGAACUUGGAGAUUCUACCAACUAGAAUGACAUUGCAGCUAGCUGAUCGUUCAAUCACAAGACCCUAUGGUGUAGUAGAAGAUGUAUUGGUCAAGGUGCGUCACUUCACAUUUCCUGUUGAUUUUGUGAUCAUGGAUAUAGAAGAAGAUGUUGAGAUUCCAUUGAUCUUAGGCCGUCCAUUCAUGUUGACGGCCAAAUGCGUGGUGGAUAUGGGAAAUGGUAACCUAAAAAUGAGCGUUGAUUAUCAAAAGGUUACCUUCAAUUUAUUUGACGCAAUUAAGCAUCCAAGUGACCAUAACGCCUGUUUUAAGAUGGAGAAAGUUGAACAUGAGGUGGCUAUGGUCGCUAGAGCUAUGGUAUUACAGCCUCCAUUAGAAAACGUUCUAACCAAUGUUGUGGAUUGCCUUACAAAAGAAGAAGAAAAAGAGUUGCAGAAAUGCCUAGAAGAGUUAGAUGGGUUAAAAGGAGGUCCUUCAGAAAAAGUUGUGUUUGAAGAAUUGAAAAAGGACAUUCCUACAGAGAAGGCUACAGUGGAACUGAAGAUAUUGCCUGAGCAUUUGAGGUAUGUGUUUUUAGAAGAGAAGGAGGCAAGUCCAGUGGUCAUUAGCAACUCGUUGACUGAUGAGGAAGAGUCUCGGCUAGUAGAAGUUUUGAAGAAGCAUAAGGCAGCUAUUGGAUGGCACAUUUCCGACCUUAAGGGAAUUAGCCCUUCAUAUUACAUGCACAAGAUUAACAUGGAAGCCGAGUACAAACCUGUGAGAUAG